CACGGACUGAUCUUAUACAUCCGUCGGUAACUACCUACCUAUCUUUUUGUUACAUGCUUCAUUCCUGCCAUCACCGGCGGCUUCUUGUACCAAUCAUCGGAAGGAUCAUUGAUUUAUCGGAUUCAUCAGGUACGAGGAAAGCUGAUAGAUCUUGAAUAUUUCCCAUGAAACGACCACAGAGAGUAGCACCCUCACAAUGGCGACCACGACAGAAGCUCCCCUCCUCCUCUUCACCACCCUGCGUUACGACCCUCUCCUGCUUCCUGGCUUCGUCUCUCCCACUGAAUCCUCCUCGUUCGCUCCAUUGUACAUGCUUCCUUACCAUCGCGACCGCAUCCUGCGCGCCGCCACUCACUUCAAAUGGCCCGCCGUGAUCUCUCUCCUCUCCGGUGACAGCGGUCUCGAAACCCUCUCCUCCUUCAUUUUCUCCUCCCUCUCCGACGAGCAGCGAUCUCACCCAAACCGCAUCCGUGUUACCGUCUCUGAGAAGGGAGAGCUAGGCAUCGCCAUCUCACCAGCACCACAAGUCCCUUCAACAAUCAACUUCUUCCCAAAUUCCCUUCCCGAGCCGGGUACCAAUAUCCCUAGUCUAUGCCUGAUGGGAACCUCGACGCCGUUCGAGGUCCUAGUCGACACCGAAAGGUCCAAAAAGUCAGCAUACACGCACUUUAAGACUACGAAGCGCCAAAUCUACGACGCAGCGAGGAAGAGGCAUGGGAUCGCGUUGACGGAUCGGAAGGAGGUGUUGAUUGUUAGCGAGGAUGGGGAGGUGAUGGAAGGGAGUAUUGCCACGCCGUACUUUUGGAGAGACGGGAGAUGGGUGACACCGCCGGUUGGGGAAGGUGAGGGAGAGACAGAAGGGGAUUGGGGAAGUGGUGGAAAUGCGGGAACUACGAGGAGGUGGGCUUUGGAGAGGGGAAUUGCGGUUGAGCAGAUUGUACGGGCAAACUCGCUGGUUGAUGGAGAAGAGUGCUGGUUGAGUAAUGGGGGCAGGGGAUUCUACUUUGGAAAGGUCAAGUUGGGCUAGGUCAUGAGAUGGCAAGCGGAUGAGCGUUAAGGGCAUGAAUCCGUGAUGCUUUCGUUGCGCCAGGAUAUCGUUUCUUAAAAUCGCUGCUGUUACCCUAAGAUAUGGCUUGCAAUCGUCGUUCGGUGCUACCGAGGCAGAACAGGGGCAAUGUUUGU